GGAUCUGAUGGUGGUAUUUAGGUUAAAUAGUCUUUUGCAUUGUUGUCCUCGGCUCUUCUGUGAAGUUCGUUUAUAUGGUUGCUUACGGUAAAAGGGGCAGGAUCAAGCUCACAUGUGCUGUGGGACAUAAUUGACAUGGCCGCGGAAUCUCCUCCUGACUGAGCGCUGGUGGAGCAGACUGGAGCAGGGAUUGCCAAAGUUGUGUCUGGGGUGAAAGUGGAGCUUUGGAGUUUCUUUCAAGAUCAUUUUAUUGCAGCGAGAAAGGCAGUCCAGGAAAGUUCUCCAUGAAUGUACGUCACAAUGAUGAUGACAGACCAGAUUCCGCUGGACUUGCCACCACCACUAUUGAACGGGGAGGUGGCCAUGAUUCCACACAUGAUUAAUGUUAAUGGGGAUGGAUCGCAACAGGUGAUCUUCGUGCAAGUAAAUCCUGGUGAGACCUUUACCAUCAGAGCAGAGGAUGGAUCCCUGCAAUGCAUUCAAGGGCCCGCGGAGGUUCCGAUGAUGUCACCCAAUGGAUCCAUCCCACCCAUCCAUGUGCCUCCCGGCUACAUCUCACAGGUGUUGGAGGACAACACAGGGGUCCGAAGAGUGGUAGUCACCCCUCAGUCUCCAGAAUGUUAUCCUCCCAGUUAUUCCCCAGCCAUCUCUCCAACUCAUCACUUGCCUCCAUACAUGGCCCCACCACCCUUUAUUCCCAACUCACACACGGCUUUCUACCCACCCGUCAGCCCUGGGGACAUCCCCCCUCACCAGUACUACCAGCAUCAUAUCCCACCCAUGUACAAUGAAGAGAUAAUUCCUUUGUAUGGGAUGAACUACAUUGGACGAGAUGAGCAGUACAAACCACCACCAAAGAAGAUGAAGGACAGACUGGAGCGUCAGAAUCGUCUCAACAGCCCUCCCUCCAUCUAUAAGAGCAACAUGGGCUGCAACAACAUGUACAAUGGCUACGGCAAGGUCCACGGUAAUCUUGGAGGGGGCGGAGGAGGAGGAAGCAGUCCUGGAGCUAAAAAAAACACCCGUGGAGCUCGGAGUAGCCCCAGGUCCAGUGAGCCAGACUUACAAGAUCAUGAUUCAGAAGCAAAGAGAGUUCAGGAUGUUCUCUCGGGAAUGGAAAAACCACAGGUUUUUAACAUCCAGGCCCGGACAGCGCGACUGACCUGGGCUCCACCAGCAGGCCUUCAGAACAGAGACCGGCACAGUAACGGACACCCCUUAACCUGCAGCUACGAGGUCACUCUCUCAGACAAGGGUCGUAAUGGCCAGUACCGCCUCAUCUAUAGUGGAGAGGAGUUGGAAUGCAAUUUAAAAGAUCUCAGACCAGCAACAGACUACCACGUAAGAGUGAACGCAGUGUGCAAUUCUGUGAAGGGUUCAUGUUCCGAGGUGGGGGCUUUCACCACCCACAGCAGUACCCCAGACUGCCCGCUGCCCCCUAAACUGUCCCACCGCACAAAGAGCACGCUCACCCUGCAGUGGAAGGCACCAGUCGAUAAUGGAUCAAAAAUCACCAGUUACCUUUUAGAGUGGGAUGAGGGCAAAAAGAACAACAUUUUCAGAGAAUGUUACUUCGGAAACCAAAGGCACUACAAACUCACUCAUCUGUGUCCAGCCAUGGCCUACACGUUUCGAGUGGCGGCACGCAACGACAUAGGAAUGAGUGGCUUUAGUCCUGAGGUGGUCUUCUUCACGACUGGAAGUCUGCCCCACCUGCCCCAUGCUCCUCGGCUGGUGCGUGCCGGCAUCACAUGGAUCACGCUGGAGUGGAGCCGCCCAGAUGGCUGCACCGCAGAGGAACCCGUUACAUACACGCUGGAGAUCCAGGAGGAGAACAUUGGAACAGAGUUUCACCCAAAGUACACUGGAGAAAACUUAACAUGUACUGUAGAGGGCCUGAAAAGAAGCACACAGUAUAAAUUCAGGCUCAUAGCCUCGAACCUGGAGGGCAGGAGCAGUCCCAGUGAGGUGCUGGUGUGUAAAACCAGUCCAGACAAACCUGGACCCCCUUCCAGACCCUGCAUCAAGGGCCCUAUCAGACCCUACAGCUUCAGUGUCAAAUGGGAUCCUCCACAAGACAACGGAGGUUCAGAAAUCUUGAAAUACCUCUUAGAGAUUUCAGAAGGAAAUUCUGAUGCCAAUCAGUGGGACAUUACCUACAGUGGGCCUGCCACAGAGUGUGAGUGUGAGGACUUGAAACCUGGCACACUGUACAGACUGCGCACCUGCAGCAUCAGCACAGGCGGCCACAGCCAGUGCUCUGAGAGUCUGCCUGUGCGUACGCUAUCUGUUGCUCCAGGACGAUGCCAGCCUCCCAGAAUUGUGGGUAAAGCAAAACACAAAGAAGUGCACUUACAAUGGGACUGUCCCUCCUCUGAGGGGGCAUGUGAGGUGAGUGAGUACAGUUUGGAAAUGAGGGAGGGAGAGUCUGAGGCUGGCGAGGUCUAUCACGGCUCUGAUCUGGAGUGCACUGUGGGCAGUCUGCUCCCCGGCGCCACCUACAGCUUCCGCCUGCGUGCUGCCAACGAGGCAGGGUAUGGACAAUACUCUGAACCAACAGAAAUAACAACCGCAGCUGGUCCUCCUAGCCAGUGUGCGGCACCAUCCCUCACCCUAAUGUCCAAUACCUGUGUGCUGGUCAGCUGGGAGAGUCCAGAGAGCUCAGGGGCCGACAUCUCUGAGUACCGUCUGGAGUGGGGCCGAGAGGAAGAGCCCAUGGAGCUGAUCUACUGCGGCCCUGACACCCAGUGUGAGAUCUCAGACCUAACACCUGCUACACAUUACUACUGCAGACUACAGGCGGCGAAUCAGGCAGGUGCAGGACCGUACAGUGAUCAUGUGAGCUGUCAGACCCCUGCCACCAUGCCCGACCCGAUCUCAGUGUUGUGUGUACUUGAGCACGACCCUACAGAAAGUGGCGUCUACACACCUUCCACUUGCCUGGCUUUGAAAUGGGAUGAGCCCUGCAACAAUGGAGCAGAGAUCACAUCUUACACUCUUAAACUGGGAGAGCAGCUCAUCAGCCUGGGCACCAGCACCUGCUAUGUGCUACAGAACCUACAGCCUGACAGUGAAUACAGUUUGCAGAUUCAGGCAGUGAAUGAGAUUGGUGCCAGUUCUUUCUGCCCUCCCCUGCUGGCCCGCACCAGGCCGCUGCCCCCUGUCCCGCCCCGACUGGAGUGCACUGCCGCUGGACCCCAGAGCCUCAAACUCAAGUGGGGAGACAGCAGCAAUGCCAAGAGCCUGCUCGGAGAAGAGAUGGUCUACAACUUGCAGAUGGAGGACAAGAACAGAAGGUUUGUCACAGUCUACAGAGGCCCAAGCCACACAUAUAAGGUACAGAGACUAAAUGAGUCGAGCAGCUACUGUCUCAGGAUUCAAGCUGUGAGCGAGGCAGGAGAGGGCCUUUUCUCUGAAGUACACACCUUCCAUACAACCAAGUCUGUUCCUCCAGCUCUCAAGGCUCCCAAAGUGGUACAGAUGGAAGGGAAUGUGUGUGAGGUGAGCUGGGAGAGCAUUCCACCAAUGAGAGGAGACCCCAUCAUCUACAUCCUACAGGUGCUGGUGGGCCGGGAGUCUGAUUACAAACAGUUAUAUAAGGGAGAAGACACAAGCUUCCAGAUAUCUGGCCUGCAGAACAACACAGACUAUCGCUUCCGUGUGUACGUGUGUCGGCGGUGUCAGGACAGCACACAGGAUCUGUGCGGCCCGCUCAGCCCAUCCUCACUCUUCACCCUGCGGCGCACGGAGCUCACCCUACCCGGAGAGCUCAGCUCCCCCGAGACCCUGAAGCCCAGCGGCAUGUUCGCCACGGACGAACGCUUUGCAGCGGUCUUAGUCGGGGCUUUCGCGGCCCUGUCUUUCCUCAUCGCUUUUGUAGUGGAAUACUUCUUCAUGAAGUGAAAAUACCGAAAUGAACGCAGAACCAGCAGCCAGCCAAGGAAAAAAAAAAACUUUUGAGAAACACACGAACACUUAAAGUAUACAUCUGACGCGACGUACUGUAGGCUGAGUAUGUUAUACAGGCUCUCUUCUUGUCUUUCAUUCUGUUUUCUCUCUCUCUUGCCCUCUCUGAUGCCUUCCAGCCUGCCUGUGCAUCGCUGUGUCACUCACUCUUUUACAGCGUGUGGAUUUCGCUCUGAACUCUUCGGGGAAGCGGAACCACAUCAUCAAGCCUUACAAAGAGUUGCGCGACAGCCUGUUUUUGCAUGCUUCGUUUUUUUGUAUCCCUUUAAGUGUACGUAUAUCUUGGGAGGAAAAUGUAUCGGUAUUUUCUCCGCAUUCAUGGCCUUACUUUGUUUUAUCCGAGUGUGCAUUUGUUUCACAGCCAUAUAUACACAAGUUACAUAGCUUUAUCAUGACGUAACACCCACAGUUCACCCAGUGCCGUUUUUUGAUACAUAAUCAUGUGAUGUUCACAUUUUGCUUGUACGUCACAGUACGCAUCACCACGACCCUUCUCAGAAACACGAAAUACUGUCACCGUAGUAAGGCUGUUGUAAACCCCCCUGCAUUUAAGCUGCCAAAGCAAGUUGCAAUCCAAGUGUGGUUUAAGUGAUGCUGCUAUUGUGUUUAUUUUUCCUAUAAACGGAAUCAGUUAUCUAAUAUAUGAGAUAUAAAUAUAAAUCUAUAAGAGCUAUUGUAAUAUAAGUAACAAUGAGUUUGAAGUAGAUCUCUCUGUUCACAGUCUAUGGUGCUUUAUCUGUGGUCAGUAGUGGUGGCGGACAAGGGUGAGGGAAGUUUAACGCCGCCCUUUGCCACCACACACCCUCUUUCUCUGGCCAUCUAGUCCUAAGGUGCAGUGACACAGGGCUAUUUCCUCGCCCCCAGCCCCCCGGAUGACUUUGGCUAGGCUAACGUUGCCCUCUCAGACUGACUUUGGGCUCUGUGUGGUGUCCGUAGAUCCAGGGAGUCACAAUAACCAGUGCGUAGCUGUGAAUGGCGUUGGUCCUCGGGACUUCGCCCGUCGUGUUCCCGUCACCCGUCGUUGAAUGUUUCAUCUUCUCUGAAUCCGUGAAAGCCAGUUGGACAUUUCUAAGGUGCUUCAUAUCGAGUUUAUUGGAGUUUCUCCACCCGCUGCGCCAUGCCAAAACAGCCUGAUGUGCUUGCGGUGCAUCUUUAGCCAAGGAAAAAGGUACAAACCAGCAGUUCCCGUCAAUCCAAAGAGUUUCUCCCAAGUUACACUUGUAGAACAGUUAGGAGGUUUCUAAAAAGGAGAACUAUAUGGAGAAGGCCUUCUUCUCCUUGACUGAGAGCCUGUAUUUGUACCUCAGGGACAUAGACUAUGUUUCUGAGAGGGUGCUGCGAAAACACUAAACGUUGCCGAAUGAUUCUGAUAUUGCUGUUAUCUGUAGCGUCAUUCCUUUGUAUCUGCGUCUGCAGUUUUAAAUGCAUUUAUUUGAUCUGUUUUCUCACCUAAGCUGUGCCUUGCUCCAGUUGUUUCGUAAGCAAAUCGUUUACUAGCUCAGAAUACAUUUGCCAAAGUUAAUGGGAAAGUAAGGUAUCAUUCUUUAGGGUUAUUUAUACUAUCUAUUGCAUACAGUACUUUAAAUGGCAAUUAAAGUGCAAUCUUCAUUUAUUUAUUUUUCAAGAAAUAAAGAGAUGUAGUUAUGUACUAUUUUUUUUCUCUCCCUCCAUCUCUCUUGUAGCAUGUUUUUUUUUUUUUUUUUGUAGAUUAACGAUUAAGGCCAGCAUUCCUUUCAUUCAUAAUUCUGGUUAUGUUUAUGUCUUUCAUUAAUUGGGAACAUGUAGCAUGUACCAUGCAGAAACAUUUAUGUAUAACCAAAUGCCUGUUCAUCUCCUAUCAGAAAGUGCCGAACUCCAGCUAGUUGUCUUCUCAUAGAGAACUGUAGCAAAUGUUUAAUCUGUUUUCUUUUUUUAUUUUGUGAGCGUGUAAUGGGACAUACAGUAUGUAGCUACAUUUGGUAUUGCUAAAAAGAGUGUUAUGACGCUUAUGUUAUCUUACUGUUUGCCAAAGCAGAGGCUUGUCCACUUUUAUGUUGCUUUUUAUUGUUAUUUAAAGGGUUACUUGAGAAAUCCUUUGUGACACUAGAACAUCAUUUCUUGAAAAGGAAAAACAUACGUUUAAGUUAAACUUCAUCUGUGACUACACUUUUUUUUUAGUAGUGAAAAUUGUGCCAUUUAUUUGAAUAAUCCUUCCGAGGUGAAAUUUUCCAUGCCGUUUCACACCGAAAGGAAAGCAAAACAAUCAAACUGUUUUGAGGCAAGUGACAUUUCUCAUUUCCUUUUAUUUUCCAGACAUGUCAUAGCGCAAUAGUGAAUUUAUUCCAGUAUUUUUGCUAAGGAAUUAUAUAUAGAGAUACAUAUAUAGAUAUAUAGUAUGACAACUAACAAGAAUGAAGCACUUUUUAAAACGACACAUUAAUCUUUAUUAGAUUUAUCUUGAUAAAACUGUAUUUCCUAGUUAUUGUUGCUAUAAUAAUCUGUAAAACUGGCCCACACAGGCUUCAACACAUUUUGUGAAAAGUCUGAAAGUCCAUUGGUGUCCUUUUAAUGUUAGGGUAAAAAAAAAAAAUUAUCGGUUUUUUUUUUUCCACUUAUGUAUUUGGUCCUAACCAGUGAUUUCAAUUUUUAUUCAUUUUUUAUUCAGUAUUUUUGGUUUGUUUUCAUAUUGGUCCUUGUAAAAUUUCAAAAGAACACAGGUUUUUUUUUGUUUUUUUUUUUUUUUUGUGGCCCAAGUACAGUUUUGUAUUUUUAUAUUGUAUUUUAUUCCUGUUUUAUCUGUGCUCCGUUUUAAAUAUGAAAAUGAAUUUGAACAUGAUGUUUCAAGAGAUCGAUCAGCUCUCAGUCAUCCCAGAGAAAUGUAUAGAACCAUAACUGUAUUCAAAUAUUUUCCAAAAAAAGUAUGUAUUUUUACCUCACAGUUUAAAGAAAAAAAAAUAAAGAAAAGGAAAGAUAUAUAAAACAUUCCAGGGUUGUCAUGAUCUACAAUUUUUAAAGUCAUACAUUUUUCUCGUAUUGUAAAUGUUAGACAAUUUCAUAUGCAUAUAUAUAAAAGAAACUGCCAUAUCAAUGUUAAUGUAUAGAUUUUUGCAAAUACUACCCUAUGUAUGUAAGACUUAACUGUAUCUGUAGCGUGUAUGUAAUAUAUUUAUACCCAAUAAAUGUUUUAAUUUUUUCGGACAAAUUG